GGUGCAGGAGGCGUGGGUGACUGACAACGAAGCUGAGAGGGAGAUGGAAAAGGUGAUCAAGCAAGUUUUAGGUAUCGACCUACACUGAGCUGACCCAGAGCACAACUCGGUAGAGUCCAGUGAAGGUCCACAUCAGCAGAAAUGGCUCCGGCAGCCAUGUCUAAGCCUCCGUCCUCUCUCAACUCACUCCGCCCUUUCCACUUUUCUCCCUCUUCUUUCCUUCUCUGCCUCCUUCUCUCCUUCUUUUUGUUGCUGUCAUGCCCUGGAUCAGUCAGUGCAGGUGCCGGAAAGAAAAACUGUUCCUCUGGUGGAGACCCCUGUCAGGAAGGAGUGGUGCUGCCUGUCUGGAACCCUCAGAACCCCUCUGUAGGAGAUAAAGUGGCACGAGCCAUUGUUUACUUUGUAGCACUCAUCUACAUGUUCCUGGGCAUGAGCAUUAUAGCGGACCGGUUCAUGUCUUCUAUAGAGGUGAUAACCUCCCAGGAGAAGGAGAUCACCAUAAAGAAGUCGAAUGGUGAGACCACCACAGCCACCGUGAGAAUCUGGAAUGAGACUGUUUCUAAUCUCACUCUAAUGGCCUUGGGUUCCAGUGCCCCCGAGAUACUGCUGUCUGUUAUUGAGGUGUGCGGUCACGGUUUUGAGGCUGGUGAUCUAGGUCCCAGCACCAUUGUGGGCAGCGCCGCCUUCAAUAUGUUCGUCAUCAUCGCUCUGUGUGUGUAUGUGGUCCCCGACGGAGAAACGCGCAAAAUCAAACACCUUCGGGUGUUUUUUGUCACGGCGGCUUGGAGUAUCUUCGCCUACAUCUGGCUCUACCUGAUUCUGAGUGUCUUUUCCCCUGGAGAGGUGGAGGUGUGGGAGGCAGUGCUUACUUUCCUUUACUUCCCACUCUGCGUGGUCCAGGCCUGGGUGGCCGACCGCCGCCUUCUCUUCUACAAGUAUGUCCGCAAGCGUUACCGUGCCGACAAGAAUCGGGGAAUCAUUAUUGAGACAGAGGGUGGGGCUGAUGGAGGGCUAGGCAUGGAUGGAGGAGGAGGGGGUGGAGUGCUGGGUCCAGGGGGCUUCACCAAGAUGGACAUGCUGGAGCUGGACGGACAGAUAGCGCUGAACUGUCACAGCGGGAUGGAUGGAGGCAUGAUGGAGGAUGGAGGAGCAAAGGACGAUGAGGACGAGGCUAGGAGGGACAUGGCAAGGACGCUAAAGGAGCUGAAGCAGAGGCACCCGGAUAAAGACAUGGAACAGCUGAUUGAGAUGGCUAAUUAUCAGGUGAUUUUUUGCCCGGUCCUAAUGCAGCAGCAAAAGAGCCGAGCAUUUUACCGCAUCCAGGCAACCAGGAUGAUGAUCGGAGCAGGUAACAUCCUCAAGAAGCACGCUGCUGACCAGGCCCGCAAGGUGGUAAGCAGCCAUGAGACCCAGGCCCAGGAGGAUGACCCUCACACCAUCAGGAUUGAGUUUGAACCCUCUUUGUAUCAGUGCUUUGAAAACUGUGGGUCCCUGAAACUGACUGUUGGCAGACAUGGAGGUGACCCCGGAGUUACUGUCAAGGUGGAUUAUCGCACAGAGGACGGUACGGCCAACGCAGGUUCAGAUUAUGAGUUUGCAGAGGGAACGCUGCUGUUCAAGCCGGGAGAAACCCUCAAAGAGAUCACAGUGGGCGUCAUUGACGAUGACAUCUUCGAGGAAGAUGAGUAUUUCUACGUUCACCUCAGUAACCCUCGUGUCGUUGGCUAUCCGGAGAUUGGCACUGCACCUCUGGAUGCCAGCGCUACCCCGAAAGCCGUGCUGGGUGACAACCACACUGCCACAGUGACCAUCUAUGACGAUGAUCACGCAGGCAUCUUUACAUUUGAAAGUGCCACUCAGAGGGUGAGUGAAAGUGUUGGCGUGAUGGAGGUGAAGGUGCUCAGGACGUCGGGGGCUCGAGGCCUGGUCGCCAUUCCCUAUCGAACCUUGGAUGGAACCGCUAAGGGAGGGGAGGACUACGAAAUGGCUGCAGGCAAGCUGGAGUUUCAGAAUGAUGAGACCAUGAAGAUCAUCGAGGUGAAAAUCAUUGAUGAUGAAGAGUAUGAGAAGAACAAGACCUUUACCAUCGAGCUGGGAGAGCCUGUUCUGUUGGAGAUAGGACAGAAACACGGUGACUCGAAUGAAAACAAGCCUUUGGUGGGGGCGGAGGAGGAAGAGGUGGCCAAGAUGGGCUGUCCCAGUUUGGGCGAACACACACAGGUAGAAGUGGUCAUAGAGGAGUCCUACGAGUUCAAGAGAGCAGUAAAUACACUUCUUAGGCAUGCUGAAAAGAGUACAGUAGAUAAGCUGAUCAAGAAGACAAACUUGGCCUUGGUGGUGGGAAGCAGCAGCUGGAGGGAACAGUUUGUCAAUGCUGUUACAGUCAGUGCAGGAGAUGAUGACGAGGAGGAGAGCGGCGAGGAGCGGCUGCCCUCCUGCUUCGACUACAUCAUGCACUUCCUCACCGUCUUCUGGAAGGUUCUGUUCGCCUUCGUCCCUCCCACAGAGUACUGGAACGGCUGGGCCUGCUUCAUCGUCUCCAUAUCGCUUAUCGGCGUCCUCACCGCAGUCACGGGCGAUCUGGCAUCUCACUUCGGCUGCACGAUAGGACUGAAAGACUCGGUGACGGCUGUGGUGUUUGUAGCGCUGGGAACAUCAGUGCCAGACACAUUUGCCAGCAAGGUCGCUGCCAUCCAGGACCAGUACGCUGACGCCUCCAUCGGCAACGUCACCGGCUCCAAUGCGGUUAACGUCUUUCUGGGCAUUGGCGUGGCAUGGACCAUCGCUGCCAUCGCCUGGCGCUCCAAGGGCAAACCUUUCAAGGUGGACCCAGGAAGUCUGGCCUUCUCUGUCACCCUCUUCACUAUCUUAGCUGUGGUGAGCGUGCUCACGCUUCUGUACCGGAGGCGGGCAACAGUCGCCGGUGGCGAGCUGGGUGGGCCGCGGACUUGCAAAAUAAUAACGUCGCUGAUGUUUGUCUCAUUGUGGUUGAUUUACAUCCUGCUGGCUUCCCUGGAGGCCUAUUGCCAUAUACCAGGGUUUUAAAUGGAAAGGAAAGCAGAGGGAGAGAGAGGCCCACUGCCAAUAUGAAAAGAGAGAGAGAGAGCGAUGCAGCAGUCUUGAAAGAGGGAGUCGAGAUGGAUCGAUAUGGGCCGACUUUUCAGGAAAUCUUUAAAUCCGUCCAAAGACUAUUUCAGUUUUUCAUCAGAUGUGUUUUUUCCCUACAUUCCUCUCUGUCCUGAAAAACAGAGAGUGAGUCCUCAUAAACAGUAAAACUUGCCAAAUGUCCAAAUUAAUAAUUAUUUAUUCUACAUUAGCAGCUCUUUUAGACAGGAAGCCCCUCCCUCUGGUCUAGUUAUGACGAAACUUCUCGAAUACAUAAAAUUAAAAUGUAACAUCGUGGAAAAAAGGUAUAAAACU